AUGUAUCGGAAGUUGUCUAAGUUAGAACACUCGGAAAUAAAACAACUUCUUACAGAAGCUAAUAUAGAUGUUGCAAAGCAUUACACAACAAACAAAAAGGCACUCGCUGACUUCAUUAAAGACUAUAAUGGUGCAAUAAGUUAUGAUAGAAUUCAUGAGUUCAUAAAGCCGCAACGCGGCGAGGACGAAGUCCAUGCAAGAGCAUUUCCUUUAAAUGACGUUGCUAUUGACUUAUAUCAUAGACGUUCAAUACCUCAUGAAGUAAGAAGAGAGAUGUUUGACAUAACAAAUGCAAACGUUGGUGAAACACGAAAGAGAGAUGACACACUGAAACAACAGAGAAGAGAGAUGUUUAAAAGUGCUAUAGAACAAGUUCGCAAAGCUAAUGAUGUCAUUCGUUCCAUUGACGACAAACCAAAAGAAGGUGAGAGAUGGUUAAAGAAAGAUGAAGAAAAUAGGAAGAGGAAUGUGAAGUCAGGCAAUAGACUCAUUGACUUUAACAUCGAAGCUUUAGAUGAACCAAACAGAGACUACUUACACAAACAUUUUGGUAAGGUUUUCAUGAGACUCUUAGAGAAAAUUAAAAUAAACUCCCAACAGAGAUGGAUGGUAUGUUAUAAACUUGGUGGAAAGUAUGAAUGUUCUACGUUAAACCUCAAUAAUAUUGGAACAUUACUACAUCAGCUCUUGAAGGAGAACUUUAUAUCAGAGAUAGAAGCAAAUGCUGCAGGUAUUGUUGAAAUGCACUAUGACUUCUUCUUGACAAACAUAAAGAAUCUUACCGAAAUAAAGAUGUAUGAUUUAACAGAAUAUGAAGGCUUAACGAUGUCAGAU